UAAAGCCGGUUAUUUUGCCAGUAACAUCGAUGGUGGCUAUAGAUAUGUUUGGGGGAAUGGAAUCAAGGGUUGCCUGCGGGAGUUCUUGAGCUGUAAGGGAAAGGCCCCACGAUCUGCUUAUAUCCCCAGAGACAAAAGAAGGGAGACUGUAGCCUCGGUCUGAUGGUGCCACUCAAGUACACUGAGGUUCAUACUUUAUCUAGAAGAAGGUACUUCUAGAGGGUGCUUCUCACAGAGUGGUACUUGUGAUUUUCUGGGUAUGCUCUGCCCAUUGAGCAACCAUGGGCUCCAAGGAGAAGUGUCAGGAUGAGGUGACUGCAAAUUUGGGUCUGACCACAACAAAAGCUCUGACUAUCCUGAGAGACCAGCUAUCUCUGCUUCUGGAGGGGCACCAGAAGGAAAGAAAGAAGGUGAUUUCCUGGAAGGAGGUGUGGAAGACCAGUUUUCUGUACCAUGGCAACCGUUGCUCCUGUUUCCAUUGGCCAGGGGCAUCCCUGAUGCUGCUGACAGUGCUGCUAUUAUUAUGCUGUUAUGGGAGCCAGCCACAUGGAAGUGAAGGUUCUGAAAUUGUAAAUGCCUUGGCGCUUUUCCUCUUGGUGCUACUUGAUCUCUUCUUGAUUGGACGACAAGAGAGGUUAAAGCGCCGGGAAGUUGAGAAAAGACUCCGAAACAUCAUCAGCAGAAUAAAUGAUGCCUUGAAGGAUGGCAAAGAGUUGAACUGGACAAACUCCAUGUACCCUGACCUUCACAUGCCCUUUGCCCCCUCCUGGUCACUCCACUGGGUCUACAGGGAUGGCCAUCUUGUCAAUCUCCCAGUCAGCUUGUUAGUAGAGGGUGAUGUUGUUGCGCUGAGGCCAGGGCAGGAAUCCUUCACUUCUCUCAGAGGGAUUAAGGAUGAUGAGCACAUUGUCCUGGAGCCAGGGGAUCUCUUUCCCCCCUUUUCUCCUCCACCCUCCCCAAAUGGGGAGGUGAAGAAGGGCCCUCAGAAUCCACAGCAGUACAGACUCUUUUGUGUUACUAAAACGCCAGUGAUUGACAAUGUCAGAUUAUGUUUAGACAUGGCUUUGUCACGUCCUGUGACUGCUCUGGAUAACGAGAGGUUCACAGUACAAUCGGUGAUGCUCAAGUUUGCCGUUCCCAUUGUGCUGAUUGGUUUCCUGGUCACCAAUGCUAUACGCUUUGUUUUCAUGGCUCCUGGAGUAGUCCCCUGGCAAUACAUACUGCUUCAGCUGCAGGUCAAUGGUGUCUUGCCCAUCCUGCCGCUGCUGUUUCCUGUCCUGUGGAUUAUUGCUACAGCCUUUGGUGAAGCCAGAGUCCUGGCCCAGAUGAGCAAGACUUCACCCACUUCCCUGCUGGCUAAGUUCUCAGAGGACACACUCAGCAGCUACACAGAGGUGGUAUCUUCCCAGGAAAUGAUGCGAAGUAUCUGGAGCCACUUCCUGCGGGUUCUGAAGGGCAAGUCUCCUACCCUUACCUUCACCUCUAGCUUGCUUCACAGCUUGGGAUCUGUCACAGUGCUUUGCUGUGUGGAUAAGCAAGGAAUUCUGUCCUGGCCUAAUCCCAGUCCAGAGACGGUUUUGUUCUUUAGUGGUAAAGUGGAACCUCCUCAUAGCAGCCAUGAAGACUUGACAGAUGAACUCUCCACACGUUCCUUCUGCCACCCAGACAUGGACGAAGAGCCCCACGAAAGGGAUGCUCUGCUCUCAGGGCCUUUGUCAGAUGUGGUUCACAUUACCAAUGAGCAAGACAGGGCCGAGUGGUCCACCAGCAACACCCCGAAAUCUUCUGAGACUCAAAUUCACAAGAAGCCAGCUGGCCGCAGCAAGCACCCUUCAGGAUCCAAUGUGAGCUUCAGCAAGGACAUCGAGGGGGGAGAGGAGGAGCUAGUGCAGGUUGAGGGUGAGAGCGAGGGAUUGGCAUGUGAAGCUGAAGACUUUGUGUGCGAUUACCACUUGGAAAUGCUUAGCCUGUCUCAGGACCAGCAGAAUCCCUCCUGCAUCCAGUUUGAUGAUUCCAAUUGGCAGAUGCACUUAACCUCCCUGAAGCCCCUGGGCUUGAAUGUCCUGCUUAAUCUGUGCAAUGCCAGCGUGACAGAACGCCUGUGCCGCUUCUCCGACCACCUCUGCAACAUCGCCUUGCAGGAGACGCACAAUGCUGUGUUGCCUGUUCAUGUGCCCUGGGGGCUUUGUGAGCUGGCCAGGCUCAUAGGCUUUACACCCGGUGCCAAAGAGCUUUUCAAGCAGGAAAACUACUUGGCUCUCUACCGUCUGCCAUCGGAUGAGAUGGUGAAGGAGACGAUGCUUGGGAAACUCUCAUUCAUCACCAAAAGGAGACCACCUUUGAGUCACAUGAUCAGCCUUUUUGUUAAAGACACCACUACCAGCACCGAGCAGAUGCUUUCCCAUGGGACUGCUGACAUCAUCCUUGAGGCAUGCACGGACUUCUGGGAUGGCGCUGAUAUUUAUCCACUCUCUGGGUCUGACAGGAAGAAAGUGUUGGAUUUCUACCAGCGUGCCUGUCUUUCGGGUUAUUGCUCCGCUUUUUCUUACAAGCCCAUGCACUGUGCCUUGUCCUCCCAACUCAAUGGCAAGUGCAUUGAACUAGUGCAGGUCCCUGGACAGAAUGCCAUCUUCACAUCCUGCGAUCUCCCUGGGACUACACCCAUCAAGCAGAGCAGCCGAAGGAACAGCUGGAGCUCUGAUGAAGGGAUUGGGGAAGUGAUGGAGAAGGAGGACUGUAUCCAGGCUCUGAGUGGCCAGAUCUUCAUGGGAAUGGUCUCGUCCCAGUAUCAGGCCCGGUCAGAUGUUGUUCGCCUCAUUGAGGGACUAGUUAAUGCCUGCAUUCGUUUUGUCUACUUCUCCCUCGAAGAUGAGCUCAAGAGCAAGGUGUUUGCUGAGAAGAUGGGCCUUGAGACUGGCUGGAACUGCCACAUAUCCUUAACGCCCAAUGGAGAUGUGCCUGGUUCUGAAGUCCCUCCUUCGAGCCCCAGUCAUGCAGGCUCCUUGCGUGAUGAUCUGCAUCAGGUCUCUCGAGAAGAUGCAGAGGGGCUCCUCUUGAUGGAGGAAGAAGGACACUCUGACCUUAUUAGCUUUCAGCCAACAGACAGUGACAUCCCCAGCUUCCUGGAAGAUUGCAAUAGGGCCAAACUUCCACGGGGAAUCCACCAGGUGAGGCCCCACCUGCAGAACAUUGAUAACGUGCCUUUGCUUGUUCCUCUGUUUACAGAUUGCACCCCAGAAACCAUGUGUGAGAUGAUCAAAAUCAUGCAGGAAUAUGGGGAGGUCACUUGCUGCCUGGGCAGCUCUGCCAACUUGCGCAACAACUGCCUUUUCCUUCAGAGUGACAUCAGCAUAGCUCUGGAUCCUCUUUAUCCCUCCCGCUGCUCUUGGGAGACGUUUGGGUACGCCACCAGCACUAACAUGGCCCGUAUCUCCGAUGAGCUCACGCCUCUUCAGCUGUCUGGCCAGCUGAACAGCCUAUGCUGCUCCCUGUCUAUUUAUCCCGAAGAAGCUAUUGGGCUCAUCAGGCUCAUAGAGCAGGCCCGACAUGCAACGUAUGGCAUUCGCAAGUGCUUCCUCUUUCUCCUACAGUGUCAGCUGGCUCUGGUCAUCAUCCAGUUCCUUUCUUGCCUGGUGCAGCUGCCCCCCAUUCUCAGUACCACAGACAUUUUGUGGCUUUCCUGCUUCUGCUACCCAUUGCUAAGUGUGUCCCUUCUGGGCAAGCCCCCUCAUAGUUCCAUCAUGUCUAUGGCAACUGGGAAGAACCUGACAUCAAUUCCUAAAAAGACCCAGCACUACUUCCUGUUCUGCUUCCUGCUGAAAUUCAGCCUCACCAUCUGCUCCUGCUUGGUUUGCUUUGGUUACAUGCUGCAAGAUUAUUGUGCAAACUUCAACUCAUCUGCCUUCAGUGUGAAUGUCACAGACUGCUCCUCCAUCAUGCUGCGCAGUAGUACGGAAAGCCCCCGUGACUGGUUUAGAACAUUUUCCAGUAUUCUUCUCCUGGCUCAAAAGUUUACUGCUGGAAUGAUUGUCUUACAUACUGUGUUUAUAUCUGUCACCCACGUCCACCGUACCAAACCACUGUGGAGGAAAAGCCCCUUCACUAACUUCUGUUGGACCCUGGCAGUUGUCAUUGUGCUGCUGGGCCAGGUCAUCCAGACCCUCCUGGACCUUAAGCUCUGGGUGAACCUUGAGUCUCCUGUGACCUACAAAAUGGGUGACAUUCCCAUGGCCUGCUGGCUGUUGGGUUUGCUCUCCCUUAUCCUUGUUGUGAUCAUCAAUGAGACUGUCAAACUCCAUGAAAUCAGGGUUCGAGUACGUUACCAGAAGAGGCAGAAGCUGCAGUUUGAAACCAAGCUGGGCAUGAAUUCCCCAUUUUAAUCCCGACCUGGAACAGGGUGUGCCUGGAAGGCCCGGGGGCUGCACGUUCCUUUCCCACACAGCCUUGUCACUUUGGUGAGAGAGGGGGACAAAGCAGCUUCAUGUGUCAAUCCCUCUGGUGGUGUGGAUCAAUAGAGGCCACCCUCUAGGAGGGGACAUCUGCAUCGGGAGCCCUGGUGACGAUGGCAUUGGUGGGACGUGGACUGCUGCUAUUCCUUUUUUUAUUUAUUGUCGUACCUCCUUCCCUUGGAGUGCCUUGGAAUCUGGCAGGUUGACAUGGAUCCAAGAGCACAGUCUGCAAGGACUUCUCAUUUGAUCAUGGUUUCUCAGCUCUUCAUAGUUUGGCUUCUUUGUUUUCCUCCCUCUUGCCUUGCUGACUUCUCUGUCAGUCUCCUCUGUUGGUGCAUUGUGAUGCAGCUUGCCUCUGGCAGUUUUGGGGAAGUGCUGCACAUUCCUCCACCCCCUUCUUGUCCCUGCCUCCGCCAGGGAAUAGGAGCAGCCUUCCCCGCUAACUGGCCUUGCAGAGGCACACCCUCCCCCCUGCAGCCCCUGGGACCCACAAAGGGCUUCCUCUCCUCCUGAUGCAGAGUGGGGAGACUACCCUCUUGUGAAGAUUGAGCAGGACUGCAGUGUGCCGCAAAGAACAGCUUGGAGAUUUGCUUGCAACAAUACGGAGAUGAUUAUGCAGGCAGCCCCUCCAAUUAAAUUCCUUUGGGAUGUAAAGUGUGCAGUUACAGAGUGAUAGGCCAGGCCCUUCACCCCUAGUGAGAACAUUCUUUUCGGGAUGGGAUAGUUGCACUUUCAUGAGCACCUCAUGAGCACCUAAAAGGGCCGGAUUGUGUCUUUGCUCUUACACAUCCACUCGCUCGCUAUUUGAUAAACCUUGUGAGUGACCAGGGAUUGGGAGAUCAUGAGGAUUUGAGCGCUCACAUGGACAUGGAAGAUAAACUGUCCCUUAAGUAGUCUGGGCCAGGCCCGUGUCUGGGGUGAUUGAGAGUGCUUUCACAUUUUCUUCAAUGAAAAAGUGCUAUGUUUUCAAACAACCCUCUUCCUGGCUGCUUUGAAUGGGGAAUGGCAGGAGGGACUGGACAUAAUCUGCUCCUGUCUCAUAUCCGUGGGCUAUACCUGGAAUGUUUAGGGCCCAGUUUGGCUUGUAUUUGCCCUGCUCUUUUGGAGCAUCCCCGCUCACACCUGGUUGCUUAAGUUGGGGCACAGAACACAACAUCCCACUUUCUGUUCCAUAAAGACACGGAACCAGUCUGGGUGAAGCUGCCACUUACUGGCGGGAAUUGGCAUCAUCCUCAAUCCACCCUCUUGCUUACCUGCCACUUUUAGUCAUGGUGAGUAAACUCGGAUGUCCCUUUUUGUGGGAAGAAAUCAGAACUACCUCUGCUGGCCAACUUCUGCUCUAUUUAUGGGCAAUACCAGGAGCGGCUACCUUCUAAGCAGGACCUUUCACUCCCCUCCCUCAAACACAUUUAGAUAAUAGGACAUGUGUUGCUCAGGCAAAAGCUGUUUUGGAGUAAGUAUUUUGGAUUAUGUGGAUUGACUGAUCUGCUUUACUUGCUAGGGUUUUGGCCUAGACAAUCCAAUUUGUCUCAUACGACAUAAGUUUAAAAGCAUUGACCCACUAUAGCUUGGUAUUUAGUAAACCAGCCAAACCCUCUUAAGAAAGUUGAAGGCAAAUUAACUAUCCUUGUUUGUGGUGGAACCCAAGGGCACCCACCAUUUGGUGGGAGAAAUACUUUCUUCUUCCACAGCGGACAAAAUGACAUUUUACUUUGCUGAAGUAAAAAAAAAAAAAAUCAAAGGUUUUAGGCCUGGGGAGAGCAAAUGGACACCUGGAGGUUUUAAGAAGCAUGUAGCACAUGCUUCCCCAACCUGGUGCCCUUCAGAUGUUUUGGAUUACAACUUCCCAUCAGCCCCACCAGUAUAGCCAUGCUGGCUCAUGCUGAUAGAUGCAGUCCAAAACAUCCAGAGGGCACCAGGUUGGGGAAGGUUGGUGCAGUCUGUUGCUAAUGUCAGAGUAUGUUCCUUAAGGUCCCUCUGCACGUGGCAAAGUUCUGCAUACUGACUCCAGCUGAUUUUGCACGUGGCAAAGUUCUGCAUACUGACUCCAGCUGAUUUUGACUGGAAAUUCAGCCAAUAGUCAUAUUUUAAUCUUUUAAAAAGAGGCUAUUGUUUAGAAAUAGGUAGAAACACUUUUUCCUCCCCUUUUCAUGAUUGCUGUUCCCACCCUGUAGCUCAAGGUUUGUUGCCUGCCCACUUUGUGUGAUAUGUGUUGUGGUGUCCCUGUUCCCACCCUGGGGCAAUGAGCUUUGGGGAAUGUACUCUGGCUCACCUCUUUACUAGCAAGCCCAGUCCUCUUCCAGUGUCAGGACUGGUGUUGGCUUCAGUUGGGCAGGAUUUGCAUCUGUAGCUUGAGGCAGUGAUGCUUGGCAUGGAACCAGCUUGGAUCUCAGAUCCCAGGCUAAGCUGGGCAGAGAUUGGAUAGGGAUUCUAUAUUUGGAAACGGGGCUGAUUUCCUUUGGGUAAUAGAGAUUUCUCUUACUUUUUGUAGCCACAUUUAAGCAAUUGCUUUUGUCCUCCCCUUGUACUGAGCCAGUUGAGGGGGUCCUAGAUAUUUGCCACACGAUUUUUCCUUAGGUGUUUUUAAACUAACACCUAACACCUAAUGAAAACUGAGUCAGGCAGUUGCCCUGGUAGACAAGGCACUUUCUGUAGACUUUUGCCUAUCAUGGUUGAUCAUGUUGACAAUGAUUCUCCUCCCUGCACUUCAUACACACUUUCCCUCUUUAUUUGUACUCAGUUGAAGUCAAAAUAUGAGGAAUGAGCUUUUUUGAUGGCUGUCCCUUGAAAAGCCUCGUUUCCUUGCUCUCCUCCCAUCCCCCCUCCUCCUCGGCCAGCCAGGACUUCAGAAAAGUGUGGGGUUUGGCUUUAGGAAUGAAUUUCAUCCAUUAAACUGUUUUUAAAUGGUGUAUAUUUUCUAUCUAAAAAUUUUUGGGGAUGUAUGUAAAAAAAUAGAUUUGUAUUAAAACUUGUAAAUUGUAUAAAAAGGAACACAGCAUCUGAUAUG